UGCGCCCAAGUUUUUUUUCAGUCUUACCGUCUAGUUUGCUAAGCAAGUCGUGAAAAGAACAUUUGUCAAAGUUGUUAAUAACCGUCAUUUUCUAUUUACAUUUUGUAUUAAAAUAUUUGAUUUGUAAAAGAACACGAUAAAAAUAAUAAACAUUUUAUCAAAGUUACGAGUUCUAAACGUCCUUAAAUGGGCAUUUAAGUCCAGAACCAAGUACAUUUGUGUCGAAAGCUCCUAUUAUCCAAUAGGAAAGAUUUGUAUCAACGCUACGCCUAGAGAGUUUAAUAAACAAAAGCAAAUUUCGACUCAAACACGUUCUUUACGUUUGCAACAAAUUAAAAUGGUUCAACCAACCACUUUCGAUGUUCCACCAAAGCUAAAGGAAGGAGAAUAUCCUCAAAUGAUGGCUGCUAUUGCAGAAUCUCAACUACAACACAUGUGUUCUUUGCAAUUUGAUGGCCCUGCUCCUCAUGUGCGUUUAUCUGGCAUUAUUUGUACAAUCGGUCCGGCCUCGGCCAGCGUCGAAAUGCUGGAAAAAAUGAUAAGUACCGGUAUGAAUAUCGCUCGCUUGAAUUUUUCCCAUGGCUCACACGAGUAUCACGCGGAAACGAUUAAAAAUGUUCGUCAGGCAGCGAAGUGUUAUUCGGAAAAAGUCGGCUAUGACUAUGCAGUAGCAAUCGCUUUGGACACAAAAGGUCCAGAAAUUCGUACAGGUUUAAUUGAAGGCAGCGGUACAGCCGAGGUAGAAUUAAAGCGCAAUGAAACAAUUAAACUGACCACAGAUAAGACUAACGCUGAUAAAUGUACCAAAGAUCUACUCUAUGUAGACUACGAGAAUAUCGUGAAAGUAGUUAAACCGGGUAACCGUGUCUACGUCGAUGAUGGCCUAAUUUCUUUGGUGGUGAAAGAAGUUGGUAAUGAUCAUUUGAUUUGUGUAAUUGAAAACGGAGGAUUACUGGGUUCGCGGAAAGGUGUUAACUUGCCUGGCGUACCAGUCGAUUUACCAGCCGUCUCAGAAAAAGAUAACAAAGAUUUAAUAUUUGGAGUUGAACAAGAAGUGGACAUGAUUUUCGCGUCCUUCAUACGUGAUGGUAAUGCUAUAACUGAGAUACGCAAAAUUUUGGGCGAAAAGGGUAAAAAUAUUAAAAUUAUAUCUAAAAUUGAAAAUCAGCAAGGUAUGCACAAUUUGGAUGAAAUUGUGGCCGCUAGCGAUGGCAUAAUGGUAGCGCGCGGUGAUUUGGGUAUCGAAAUUCCGCCAGAAAAGGUUUUUCUUGCUCAAAAAUCCAUUAUUGCUCGCUGCAAUAAAGCUGGAAAGUCUGUCAUAUGUGCAACACAAAUGCUAGAAUCAAUGAUUAAAAAGCCAAGACCCACUCGUGCUGAAAUUUCUGAUGUUGCCAAUGCCGUUUUGGACGGUGCAGAUUGUGUCAUGCUGUCGGGGGAGACAGCGAAAGGAGAAUAUCCUUUGGAAUGUGUUCUAACUAUGGCAAAGAUAUGUAAAGAAGCAGAGGCUGCUUUAUGGCACCGGAAUCUUUUUAUCGAUUUGGUGCAUGCAGCCCAACCAUCUAUAGAUGCCGCUCAUGCCGUGGCCAUUGCUUCAGUAGAGGCAGCCUCAAAAGCUUUAGCUGCAGCUAUUAUAGUUAUAACUACCACUGGUAAAUCGGCGUACCUGAUCAGCAAAUACCGUCCACGUUGCCCUAUUAUUGCUGUCACCCGUUACCCUCAAACAGCCAGGCAAGCGCAUUUGUAUCGAGGUCUGGUACCUUUAGUAUAUAAAGAACCGCCUCUUAGUGAUUGGCUCAAAGAUGUCGAUGUGCGUGUGCAAUUCGGUCUACAAAUUGGUCAAAAGAACGGUUUUAUUAAGACGGGAGAUCAAGUAGUCAUUGUCACUGGCUGGAAACAGGGAUCCGGUUUUACGAAUACUAUGCGCAUUGUUAAUGUCCAGUAACAUUGAUGAUGCCAAGCAGUAAUUUUCUAAAAAUCGGCAAAAGUAACCAUGGGGUCUUCUCUAAUCAUGUACUGCAAUUAUUUAUAAUCACUUAAGAAUAUGCGGUACUUACAUUUGACAGAAAAUGGCAGUUUUCAUAAAGUGUAAUUAAUUAUCAUCCCCGAAAAAUGAACUCGCUUCUAAAUAUUACAUUU